CUGUGGGCUUCAUCAGCGAGGACGAGGACCUGGAGAACGGCAUCACACGGGAGCAGUCGGGCGAGUACGAGUGCAGCGCUUCCAACGACGUGGCAGCGCCCGUCGUCCAGCGAGUCAAAGUCACCGUCAACUACCCACCGUACAUCUCGGAUGCCAAGAGCACCGGGGUGCCGGUGGGGCAGAAGGGCAUCCUGCUGUGCGAAGCCUCCGCCGUCCCCUCCGCCGACUUCCAGUGGUACAAAGACGACAAGCGGCUGGCUGAAGGACAGAAAGGACUGAAAGUGGAGAACAAAGCCUUCUUCUCCAGACUGACUUUCUUCAACGUCUCUGAGCAGGACUAUGGCAACUACACCUGCGUAGCCUCCAACCAGCUAGGAAACACCAACGCCAGCAUGAUCCUCUACGGUGAGUAG